AUGACCAGUUGGAAUCCAGAUCGGUCAGAUGAAGAAGAAUUUGAUAUGCCGGUCAAGUUCAAUCCCGAGACUGUGGUGAUUCCAUUGCUGUCUAACAUCAGCAUCAAAAGAUGUGCCAAGUGGGGCAUUGCCAACCUGGUGUUGCAAGAAAUAUCCUUAAGACAAGGCCAAGCAAAUGAUGCAUUGCAUGCCAUCAGGGUUAACUUGGCCAACAAGGCUGUUCUCUUUCACACCAUGGUUCAGUCAGCAAAGUCACAAGCACGGUCGACCAGGGCAUGGGCUCAUGUGCACUUGGUCAACAAGGUCCUUCACUUGAACAUGCAGAUCCACUCAAAAUGCUGCAAGCAGCUUGUCCAUCUCAGCACCAAUGAUUUAUUAACCAAAUAUCGGCCAUUGGAGAAGGCCAACUUAAAGGCUACUACAGUGGUGGAAGACCCAAAUGCAUGCGGUCAAAGAAAUAGCACGCUGGCAUGGUUUUGGUCCAUUGAUGUCCAGGGGGAUUCCAGAAGUAAUGACUGGAUGAAUGAAUUUUACUGUGUCCAUUGGCUUCAGACACUGGCACUGCAUGACUGUUGGGCAGAGGAACUGCUGCUGGUCGGUCAGGAAAUGACAUGGACGGUUGAAUUCUUUAUUCACAAAUCAGAACAAUAG